CUUCAGCCAGGACGCGCCUAUGGAAGUCCAGGUGCUGUGCGGACUGCUCUACUGCGUGGUGUUGCCCGUCUCCUUACUUGCAGCCUGCCUGUUCCGCUACAAUGCCCUGUCGUUAGUGUACCUUCUUUACCUUCUGCUGUUACCGUGGUUCCUGAGGCCCAAUGAACGCACUGUACGAGGUCAUACUGGGCGUUUUAUCAAGGCCCUGUUUGCCACCAGUCUGGUGUUCCUGUUGGCUCACCUCACCUUUCAGAUCUGCCUGUACACUGUUCCCGGCCUGGAUGAUGAGCUGGGAUACAACUGCAGCUCCUGGGAGCCUCUGUCAAGACACGUUGGAGUAUCCAGGCUUCCGCUAGAUGACUUGUGGAGCACUCUGCGACUGGUGGUCCCAGAUGUGGGCAUCUUCACCGUAUCGCUAGCAACCCUGAUUGUGUGCAACUGUCUGCUCCGAAAAAAGAAAAACGGGCAAGGAGAUGGCCAGGCAGCAGACACAGAGCCGACGCAGCAGGGGGAGCAGAGGGACGAAGAGGAGGAGGGGGGAGAUGAGGAAGGCAGGACCGCCCUUAGCGAAGUGGAAGACGAGCCCCCGGAGGUGGAGACGCCCGCCCCGUCCCGCAUGGCCCUCCUGGCCGCCCGCCUGCACGCCGCAGGCCACUCCUUCCUGCGAGACCUCGGCAGGGUCUGUGCCGUCGCGCUGCUUGGGCUGUCGGGAAUCACUCUGCCAUCUGCCUUCUCUGGCGUCUACUACCUGCUGUUCAUUGGAGUGUGCACAUGGUGGGCCUGCCACCUCCCCAUCAGCCCCCUGGGCUUCAACGCACUGUGUGUGAUGGUGGGCUUCUUCACAGCGGGACACCUGGUCUGCCUGUACCUCUAUCAGAGCCCCUUUGCCCAGGAAAUCUUUCCCCCCUCCAGCCUCUGGGCCAGACUCUUUGGCCUGAAAGAAAUUCUAAAGCCUUCCAACUGCUCCUCUGCUGCUGAGCUGGUCUUGAACACGGAUCACGAUUGGCCGGUUUAUGUCAACCCAGGGAUUCUGUUCCUUCUGUAUAUCACCGUGGCAACUCUUCUGAAAAUGGGACGCCAUUACUCUUCUGAUAAGAAGGACGAAGCAGGAGUGAGGUCCAGGAUGUCCCAGGACGGUGGUGGGGGGGACAUGGAGCUGAGGUCGUGGGUCUCCGGGCGUCGAAGUAGUCAAGACGAGACGAAGCCAAUGCUCCUCUCAGCCGGCGACACACCAGGAGCCAAUGCAGAGACGCCCAGAGUUCAUGUCAUGAACGGAUCAAGUCAUCAAGACCUAGGGCCGAGUGGAGCCCUUGGACGGAAUGUGGACAGUCCCUGGCAGAUUGUGGGCCGAAUGGUCAUGCAGCAGAGCUAUGUCUGCGCUCUUAUUGCAAUGAUGGUCUGGAGCAUCACUUACCACAGCUGGCUGACCUUCGUGCUCCUGCUGUGGGCCUGCCUCAUCUGGAUCCUGCGUGCUCGGCGCCGUUUCGCCAUGCUGUGCUCCCCCUUCAUCCUGCUGUAUGGCCUCUCCCUCUGCAGCCUCCAGUACAUCUGGUCCAUGGACCUGGAGCCCGAGUUGCCCCAUCGUGUCGGCUCGAUGAGCCUGAAGCAGCUGGGGCUGGACCGCACCAAGCACGCCUGUCUGCGCCUGGGAGCCAUGCUGCUCUACACACUCACGUUCUGGCUCCUCCUGCGUCACUCGGUGAAGGACAAGUUCACCAGGAAGAAGACUGCCUCACCUUUGCUGGAGGUCACCACAGGAGGUGCUGAGACCAGUGGGCAGAAUGAGUCGGUGCUGAAGGUUCUGGGCAAGAUGGUGAUGAGUUGCUAUGCCAAAUACUGGAUCUACGUUUGUGGAGGCAUGUUUAUCAUGGUCAGCUUCGCUGGGAAGCUGGUGGGCUACAAGAUCGUCUACAUGCUGCUCUUCCUGCUGUGUCUCUGCCUCUACCAGAUGUACUACACGCUGUGGAGGCGACUGCUCAAGGCCUUUUGGUGGCUAGUGGUGGCCUAUACCAUGCUGGUGCUCAUCGCGAUAUACACCUUCCAGUUUGAGGAUUUUCCCGGUUACUGGAAGAACUUCACUGGGUUCACGGAAAACCAACUAGCCGAUAUCGGUCUGGAGACGUUCAAGCUGUCGGAGCUCUUCACCAGUAUCCUCAUCCCUGGCUUCUUCCUCCUGGCCUGCAUCCUCCAGCUGCACUACUUCCACAGGCCCUUCAUGAGGACCACCGACCUGGAGCACGUCACCCCGCUACAGAGGAAAAAGCUGAGCAGCGACUCCGUUGUCUCGGAGGCAGCACAAGGCGAGGUGCCUGAAGAGGAGCGUCAGAUGACUGGACUGGACGAUGACCAGUCGCAGGAGGAAGCAGCCAUGCCCAGUAAAUGGGACUUGGUGAUGGACAGGCUGAUGGUGCUGUUCAGGAAGUUCUCAGAGAUCCUGUCUCAGGUGCAGGUCUUCAUAUGGAGGGUCCUGGAGCUGCACAUCCUCAAGAUUGUGGCCUUCUUUAUUGUCUGGGUGGCGCUGGGGGAGCCUUCGGUGAUGAACCUGGUUCUGGUUCUGCUGUGGUCCUUUGCCAUGCCCUACUCCCGCUUCAGACACAUGGCCUCCUGUCUGUCCACCAUUUGGGUCUGCAUCAUCAUCGUCUGCAAGAUGCUGUACCAGCUCAGCAUCGUCAACCCCAUCGAGUACUCCAGCAACUGCACAGUGCCUAACAGUACUGAGACCAAUCUGCAAGAAGACGAGAUCCGGAACUCGAUCCUUUACAGACGGCCAGUAGACCCAGCUAACUGGUUUGGGUUCAGGAAAGCCGACACCGCCCUUGGCUACAUCAAGAACCACCUGUUGGUGCUGAUGUUGCUGGUUUUUGAGGCCACAGUGUACAGGCAUCAGACACACCACUACAAACAGCUGCAGACUUCUCCUCCAGCCAUUCAGACUAUCUUCUCACACAGUUCCCAGGAGAAUGUGGACCAGGACCUGCUGGGCUGCUUGAAGUAUCUCAUUAACUACUGCUUCUACAAAUUUGGCCUAGAGAUUUGUUUCCUGAUGACGGUGAAUGUGAUUGGCCAGCGGAUGAACUUCCUGGUUAUUUUACAUGGCUGCUGGCUGGUGGUCAUCCUGACACGACGCCGGCGGUCUGCUAUUGCGCGCAUCUGGCCAAAAUACUGCCUCUUUCUGGUCUUGUUCAUGAUUUACCAGUACCUGCUGUGUGUGGGCAUCCCUCCAGCACUCUGCAUAGAUUACCCCUGGCGCUGGAACAGCACUGUCACCAUCAACUCUGCCCUAAUCAAGUGGAUUUAUCUGCCAGACUUCUACACCAUCCCCAACUCCAGUAACCUCAUCUGCGAUUUCCUCCUGCUCAUGUGCGCCUCCCAGCAGUGGAAGGUCUUUGAGGAUGAGAAGACGGAACUGUGGAUUGUGUGGGCCGGGGAGAACCGGGAAGAGCUCAUCCCCAUGGCAGGAAAGAACUCCAACCCUGUGCCCAAUUUCGUCAACUGCAGGUGCUACCUGGACAUGGUGAAGGUGGCAGUGUUCCGCCACAUGUUCUGGUUGGUGCUGGCUGUGGUGUUUAUAACAGGGGCCACACGUAUUAGCAUGUUUGGCCUAGGCUAUCUCAUGGCCUGCUUCUACUUCCUGCUCUGUGGCACCGAGCUGCUUCUCAAGUCCACGAAGACCAGGCUGGUGCUGUGGGACUGCCUCAUCAUGUAUAAUGUGGCUGUCAUCAUCUCCAAGAACAUGCUGUCUCUCCUGUCCUGUGUGUUUGUGGAGCAGAUGCAGACUCGCUUCUGCUGGGUCAUCCAGCUCUUCAGCUUGGUGUGCACUGUGAAGGGUUACUAUGACCCCAAGGAUCAGCAGUAUGAGCAGGAAUGUGUGCUUCCGGUGGAGGAGGCUGGGAUCAUCUGGGACAGCAUCUGCUUCUUCUUCCUCCUGCUGCAGAGGAGAGUCUUCCUCAGCUACUACUUCCUGCACAUCGCAGCAGACCAGCAGGCGUCUGCCCGACAGGCAUCUCGGGGCUUUGAGCUGUUCAAGGCCAGCAUCGUGAAGAGCAUGAACUUUCACCACCAGGCAGAGCAGAAAUCCCUGACCCAGCUGAAGAGACAAAUGGAACGGAUUAGGGCCAAGCAGCAGAAAUACAAAGAGGGGCGCCGCUCCUCUGACAGCAGUGCAGGACCACCAGAGCAAGAGGUGGGCAGAAAGGGCUCCAAACAGAGAAAGAAGUGGUGGCGUCCCUGGCUUGAUCAUGCCACAGUGCUGCACUCGGGGGAAUAUUACUUGUUUGAGUCUGACAGUGAAGAGGAGGAAGAGCUGCUGGCAGAGGAGCAGAAGCCCUCCAGACAGAGUGCCUUCCAGCUGGCUUACCAAGCCUGGGUGACCAAUGCCAAGACAGCGCUGAAGCAGAGGCAGCAGCACCAGAAAGUGCUGCAGAGGCUGGAGAGCGAGGCCAGCAGGCAAGCCAGCCCGGAGAGCUCAGGUGAAGGAGAGGAGUGCCAGUCCAAUCCUGGAGACAUGGUAGACCAGGAGGUGGUGGCGGAAGAAGAUGUUGACUCAGAGAGGAGUGACAUUGUGCAGAGGAUUCUGGGUGUUCUCAAGUUUCUGUGGGUGCUCUUCCUGGCCAUGGUGGACGGAGUGACGCAGUGGCUCAACACCCUGACCAAGCAGUAUGUGGACACCUCGACUGUGCUCUGGAUUGAACGCAACGAGAACAGUCUGCACACCGACCAGCAGGGAUGCCUCAGGGCGGAGGGCCGGGGCUUUCGGGACAGUGAGACCCCCACAGUGGAGACGGGACUGGACGAGCUGGACGCCGACAACCUCAACAGCAGCAGCGCAGCAAGUGGAUCCGAGCUGGAGGUACUGAUGGACUUGGAGCAGACUACCCCUCAGACUACCGGCUGCAGCACGACACCCAUCAGCUCGGUGCCCACCCUGGAGCUGGACCUGGAGCCCAUGCCUCAGACCGCCCUGCGGCGCCGGACCAGGACAGCCAGCGAGAUCCUUGCAGAGAGGAGCCAGCAGGAGUCUGAUGGCACGAGGGAGUCCAUCAGCAGGAUUCUCGAGGAGUCUAAACAGUUCUACGCUUCUCAGAACCGGGCUUUCAAGCUGCUUUUCGCACUCUAUAACCUGCUGGCCGCCAACUCGGAGCUGGUGUGCUACUUCAUCAUCGUACUCAACAACAUGGUGACCGCCUCCAUCAUCUCAUUGGUCCUGCCCAUCCUCAUCUUCCUGUGGGCCAUGCUGGCUGUCCCACGGCCCAGCAAGAAGUUCUGGAUGACCGCUAUUGUCUACACAGAGGUGAUGGUGGUGGUGAAGUACCUCUUCCAGUUCGGCUUUUUCCCCUGGAACACGUACUAUGAGACCAAGCUGAACGAGGGCAAGCCGUUCUUCCCCCCUCGCAUCCUAGGGCUGGAGAAGACCGACAACUACAUCCGCUACGAUCUGAUCCAGCUCCUGGCCCUCUUCUUCCACCGCUCCCUGCUCCAGCGCUACGGUUUGUGGGAUCAGGAUGGCAAUCUGGAGGAAAAGAAGAGAAAACAGUCUGCAAAGGCAAGCGGAGAAGGAGAGGAAGCCCCAGUGAGCCCUGACCCCGGCCAGACACAGAUACAAGAAGCCAAACCAGGCCCUGAUGAGACGUUAGAACCAGAUCAGAACCAAGACCCAUCCGCCAGCCCAAAACCCCCAGAUCCCCCAGAGCUAGAAGAGAAGGCCAAAAGCAGAAUUCUUCGCUUCCGCAAAAAGAAACCACAGGCCCAGGAUGCAAAAGAGACCAAGGAGAGCUCUCAGCCAAAGAAGAAACUGAAGGGACACCGCAGGGAGGUGGCCAGGAAGAGGCUGAAAGUGCUAGGCGAGAAAGUGAAGCUGCUGUUCCUCACACUGAUACGCAAUGUGUACAAACCAAUCCAUGGAUUCUUCUACAACAUACUGCACACGGAGUACCAUGCGGCGACAGACGUCUAUGCACUGAUGUUUUUGACAGAUGUGGUGGAUUUCAUCAUCAUCGUCUUUGGGUUUUGGGCCUUUGGUAAACACUCUGCGGCUGCAGACAUUGCCUCCACGCUGUCAGAGGACCAGGUGCCUGAGGCCUUUCUGGUGAUGUUGCUCAUCCAGUUCAGCACAAUGGUGAUUGACCGUGCCCUCUAUCUGCGCAAGACUGUGCUGGGAAAACUGAUCUUUCAGGUCCUCCUGGUCUUUGGUAUCCAUAUCUGGAUGUUCUUCAUCCUGCCAGCUGUCACAGAGAGGAUGUUCAGUCAGAACCCUGUGGCCCAGAUCUGGUACUUUGUGAAAUGUAUCUACUUUGCCCUCUCGGCCUAUCAGAUCCAUUGCGGUUAUCCCACUCGCAUUCUGGGAAACUUUCUCACCAAGACGUACAACCACCUCAAUCUCUUCCUCUUCCAGGGGUUCCGCCUGGUUCCUUUCCUGGUGGAGCUGCGUGCUGUGAUGGACUGGGUCUGGACUGACACAACCCUGUCUCUCUCCAACUGGAUGUGUGUAGAGGAUAUAUAUGCCAACAUCUUCAUCAUCAAGUGCAGCCGUGAAACCGAGAAGAAAUACCCCCAGCCCAAAGGUCAGAAAAAGAAGAAGAUUGUGAAGUAUGGGAUGGGCGGGCUCAUCAUAGUCUUCCUCAUCUGCAUCAUCUGGUUCCCGCUACUCUUCAUCUCAUUGGUCAGAUCUGUAGUGGGUGUGGUGAACCAUCCCGUGGAUGUUACAGUCACUGUCAAGUUGGGGGGUUAUGAGCCCUUAUUUACCAUGAGUGUGCAGCAGCAGUCUAUCCAGCCCUUCACCGAAACGAACUACAGCCAGCUAACGGAGAAGUUUGGCAAGAAUCCGGUGGCGAUGCAGUUUAUCACUCUGUACAGCUACGAGGACAUUGUCACUGCCAAUAUAGAUGGGAGCUCGGGCUCUGUGUGGAGGAUCAGCCCCCCCAGCCGCCAGGAGGUCAUUAAAGAACUGCUGAGCAGCCCGGUGGACAUGACCCUGCGCUUCAUGUGGAAUUUCCAGAGGGACCUGGGGAAAGGUGGCACAGUGGAGCACACCUUCGACAAGCACUCCAUUGACCUGAAGCCCGGCGAUCCUGUGCGAGCAGGCCUAGCUUCGCUGCUGCUAGGGAACAGCUCUGAACCCGUGCAUGUGAAUGACAUGUUCCCAAAUUAUAUCAGGGCGCCGAAUGGACCUGAAGCUAAACCUGUCAGUCAGCUGUACCCAGAUGAGGAGGACAGCUACCUGGAUGUGACUCUGACCCUGAUGAAGGACCACUCGGUCAACGGCAGCGGGAUGCUGGAGUGGUGGGAUAUUCACAUUGCAGACUGCAGCUCUUCCCAGGACAGCUGCGGAGUCCUUCCCAUGGUCAUUUUCAAUGACAAAGUCAGCCCUCCCAGCCUGGGCUUCUUGGCCGGAUAUGGGAUCAUGGGGCUGUACGUGUCGGUGGUGCUGGUGAUCGGGAAGUUUGUGCGCGGCUUCUUCAGCGAGAUCUCCCACUCCAUCAUGUUCGAGGAGCUGCCCUGCGUGGACCGCAUCCUCAAGCUGUGCACGGACAUCUUCCUGGUGCGCGAGACCGGGGAGCUGGAGCUGGAGGAGGAGCUGUACUCCAAACUCAUCUUCCUGUACCGCUCACCGGAGACUAUGAUCAAGUGGACCCGGGAAAAAGACUAGGAGACCCACAGCCUGCACACUCAUAAAUGAGUCAAUCUCAUUUAUAUUACCCAAAGCAUCAUACUGUCCUUCUGUUUUUCACUGGUAACUCUCAUGACCAGGGCUCUGACACUCACUGCUCAUUGCAAAUAAGCCUUGAGCUGUAACAACAGAAGGCAGGAGACUUAUUCACCCAUGUAUCCUGGAACCCUUCGCCAUGAAAUAAGAAAUUGUGACAGCUGGAGAUCAUAAACUUUUCCAUUUUCUUUUCAAUUUUAUAAAUACAACUGUAAUGACUGCCACUAAGCAAUUGGUGUUAAUGGGCUGAUAUCGCAGAGUACGUUUCAUGGUUGCGUAUUUACCUUUUUCUACGGGAUAGCCCUAGCCCAUUAAUACAGAGACUGCAUGGAGCUUUCCUUCGUGGCUGAGCCAAGUUUUUUUUGUUUCCUUUUCUGAAAUAUGACCUUUAGGACCUGGGUUGAAAUUACCUCAGACCACAAGAAUGUGGACGUCUGUGUUCUCAUGAAGGGCGAGUUAUGAGAAGGCAGCAGGACAGAUGACAUAGCGGACAGGAAACAGGACAAGGAAACUAAAGCUGGGAAGAGCAGGAGGAUUUAGACUGGGUUCUUCUUUACUUGUAUGCUUUUCUCAAUUCAUCCAGUCCGAAUGGAUAAAUAAAGACAUUUUCGGUGGGAAAACUGUGAUCCCCAAAGACAACGUAGACCAGGAUCUUAGCUAAUUGUUAUUCUAACACUAAAGUCAAAAGACUUAAAAAAGCUUAUACUGAACUGUUUACAAACAUGCUUAGAAGACUAUGAAAGCUGUUGGAAAGAACAAACUGUUUUAGUAAUGGAUACAUCGGAAUGGAGACAAGGGAGAGAUUUUAAAGACUUGAACUCUAAGGCUGAUUCUAAACUGUCACUUAAAAACCUCUACACAAGAUUGCAUAGAAAGACCAGCUGUCGUCAUCACCCUUUCAUGACUUUAAACAAGUUUUAUGUUAAAAACCAAGUACUGUCAAAAGACUCUAUCCUUUAGCAGACCAAAAUGAUCAUCAGGGAGAAGGAAACUGUACCAAACUCUGAAAUGUGUUGAAAUGGGGAAAAAGCGUGCGUCUUGGAUGUUUACAUGCUGGAAUAGUUUUAUUUAAAUUUAAACAAGCUACCAAGCAAUAGUUUAUGGCAGUGUUUCUCAGUCAUGAUCCUGGAGUCUGCCUGUGUCUGCUGGUUUUUGUGCCCUCUGGGACUUUAAUCAACAGUGCCUUAAAAUGAUCUGCUUGGCAUUUUAGACUUUUUUUUCUCCAUAAGGUGCAACCUCAAGUACAUAUUUUACAACUACGGCAGCACACAGAACUGCAGUCUCUCCUCAACUUUCUAAUUAAGAAUUGCUCCCUUAUUUUUUACUAACAGGUGAUCAGUCGGUCAGCAAACACAGUGGGAACAGUGGUGUACUAGACACCUCCCACGGUGCGUUUUUCAUCAGUUUAAGCUAUGCUUAUGUUUCAGGUCACAGACCUUAAAACUCAUUAGCACAUGGUUCGUACCAUUACAAAUCUCAUGUAGCUGAAGGGCUGAAAGCAAAAUUAAAAAAAAACUGAAAGAAAUUAGCCCGUGAUUUAGAGCAAAAACCAGCAGCCACAGAUACUCCAGGUUUAGCAUUGAGAACCAGUGCUUUAUAGAAAAGCACAGUACCAUACUAUUGGUGCCAAAAUGUUUCCAAAUUAAUGUUUUUGUAUAAUAUUUUUGAACUGUCAUAAAAAGGUUUGACACUUGCCUUAUGAAAUACAUAUCUCUAAAUAUAUUUUCAUUAUAAUCAAGAGGUCUUUUGUAUAAAAUUGCUAUUUUUUCUUAACUGCACCUUCUUUUUGAUGAUGGGGAAAAAGUGAAACCCUAAUAGACAAAUUUCAGUUCCACAGUUCAGGGUAUUCUACUUUUUCUCAUCGUCAUGACUUGGUUCUUUUAAUGGCGAUGUGUUUUUUUAAUCAAUAAAAACCUUGUUCAUCUUUA